CAUGCCUAUUGAUUUUAUUGGCUUUGCUUUCGCUAUCACAAUUGCGGCUGGAGGAAUUAUGGGCUAUGCAAAAGCAGGCUCGAUUCCAUCUUUAGGAUCAGGAAUAUUAUUUGGACUACUUUUAUCAUAUGGAGCAUAUCAAGCAUCCAAAUCUCCACCAAAGUAUGGUGUACAAUUAUUAACAAUUGCCGCUCUUGCUGGUAUUAUGGGAUUUCGAUUCUAUCAAACUGGUAAAAUUAUUCCAGCUGGUCUUAUUUGUAUAAUGGCUACAGUUUUGUUGUUACGAUAUAUUUUCAAAUCAUUAUUGGGGUUUUUUAAGAGAUCACAAGAGUCAGUGGAUGAUAACUCGAUCCCAGCAACAUAAAUCUGUUCUUAACAUCGGAAU